GCCAUUGUCCCUCUCAGAGAAUCUCUCCCUUCUCUCUCUCUCUCUCUCUCUGUGUCCAGACCGAACGGCGUUUGCUCGCCGAUGGACAUUCCGGUGAUAGAUCUCGCGCCGUACCUGGAGAUUGCCGGCCGGCUUAGCGGCGGCCCCGCGGACCUCCCCGGCCAGCUCGGGUCCUCCCUCUCUGAGCUGUGCGGCGAGGUCAGCCGAGUCUUGCGGGAGACCGGAGCCCUAGUGGUGAAGGAUCCGAGGUGCUCCGCCGAGGACAACGACCGCUUCAUCGACAUGAUGGAGAAGUACUUCGAGCGGCCCGAGGAGUUCAAGCGUCUCCAGGAGCGGCCCAAUCUACAUUACCAGGUUGGCGUGACCCCGGAGGGAGUUGAAGUUCCUAGAAGCUUAGUUGAUGAGGAAAUGCAAGAGAAAUUGAAGUCAAUGCCUAAUGAGGUUCAGCCAGCUACCCCGAAGGGUCCUGAUCGUAAGUGGCGAUACAUGUGGAGAAUUGGUCCUCGGCCAUUAAACACCCGCUUUAAGGAAUUGAACUCGGAGCCCGUCAUACCUGAGGGUUUUCCUGAAUGGAAGGAGACCAUGGACUCUUGGGGGUACAAGAUGAUAUCAGCAAUAGAGGCUGUUGCUGAGAUGGCAGCUAUUGGGUUUGGGUUGCCUAAGGAUGCAUUCACUUCUCUGAUGAAGCAGGGACCACACCUUCUUGCUCCAACAGGAAGUGAUCUCCGCCGAUAUGGUCAGGAGGGUACUGUCUUUGCAGGAUACCACUAUGACCUGAACUUUUUAACAAUCCAUGGAAGAAGCAGAUUCCCGGGAUUAUAUAUAUGGUUAAGAAAUGGGCAAAAGGUUGAAGUAAAAGUUCCAGUGGGAUGCCUCCUGAUCCAGACUGGGAAGCAGAUUGAAUGGUUAACUGCUGGUGAUUGCAUGGCGGGCAUGCACGAAGUUGUGGUCACAAAGAGAACCAUUGAUGCUGUUAAACUCGCAUCAGAGCAAAAUUGCAGCUUAUGGAGAGUCUCCUCAACACUGUUUGCCCACGUAGCAUCCGAUGCUGUAUUGAAGCCACUGGGCCACUUCGCAUCCUCACCGCUUGCAGAUAAAUACCCGCCCAUCCGUGCUGGAGAGUUUGUGGAGCAAGAGCUUGCGGUAAUUAACCUGAAAGGAAGCAAAGCUGAAAGUUGAUGAACCCUCAUGAGCAUCACAGAAAUUAUUCUUUCCAAGAAAUGUGACGUUGAUUUCAUUAUUGUUGGCAAUAACCGACGUUGCCUUUCACAAGAGGCUGUUUGAGCGUGCGAUGGCUCAGACUUAAAGCCGUUGCUAAGCCAUGCUGAUGUAUUCAACUUGCAAAAAGUAUUUAACGUGUUUCUGAAAUUGAUUUGGUUGCCAUGUUCGAUAA